UUUGAAAAAGAGCUCUCUGUCUCUCUCUCUCUCUCCUCCACAUUGGCGAGAACACCGAGGCUGAAGCCUCCUCCGUAAAAUCCGUCUCUCCCCCCUCCCAAACGCCUCUGCAACUCCGAUUAACUUAAGUAACCCCGCCCCGCCCAUAACUCUCUCUCUCUCUCUCUCUCUCAAAACAAGAAAACCGUUAUCUUUCUCUCACAAGAAAAACGCUUCUCUCUCUAAAGCAGGGAAAAGGCGUUCUAUCCGAGCCAAAGGGGGAGAAGACCAUCUCUGUUUCUCUAGAAACAAAGCAGCGCAAAAAUGGCACACGCCAUCCAAUCCCUUCUCUCUCUAACCAACCACCGCUCCCAUCCGAAACCCACCACCACCUUCUCUCCCAUUACCCUCCGCCCCGCCUCUCUCUCCUUCUCGACUCGAAAGAAGCCCCACGUCCGUAGGAUCUCUGCCAUCUUCGACCUAGAGAACUCGUCGCCACCCUCCCCUCUCGAGUCCAUCUCCAUUGAUGUCGAUGCGGUUACAGAGGCCGAGCUCAAAGAAAAUGGCUUUCGGAGCACGAGAAGGACGAAGCUCAUAUGCACAAUUGGGCCUGCUUCGUGUGACUUCGAACAAUUGGAGGCUUUGGCAAUGGGGGGAAUGAAUGUUGCUCGAAUUAACAUGUGCCAUGGAACCAGAGAAUGGCAUCAGGCAGUGAUAAGAAGAGUGAGAAGGUUGAAUCAGGAGAAGGGCUAUGCGGUUGCUAUAAUGAUGGAUACCGAGGGGAGCGAGAUUCAUAUGGGGGACCUUGGUGCUGCCUCAGCAAAAGCUGAGGAUGGUGAGAUCUGGACUUUCAGUGUUCGUGCAUUUGACUCACAACUACCGGAUCACACCAUAAAUGUCAACUAUGAGGGAUUUGCUGAAGAUGUGAAGGUGGGGGAUGAACUCCUUGUUGAUGGUGGCAUGGUGAGGUUUGAAGUGAUUGAGAAAAUUGGACCUGAUGUGAAGUGCCGCUGUACAGACCCUGGGCUUUUGUUACCGAGGGCAAAUCUAACCUUCUGGAGGGGUGGCAGUUUGGUUCGUGAAAGGAAUGCCAUGCUCCCAACUAUCUCUUCUAAGGACUGGCUGGAUAUUGAUUUCGGGAUCGCAGAAGGAGUAGAUUUUAUAUCUAUAUCCUUUGUGAAAUCAGCUGAAGUAAUCAAUCAUUUGAAGAGCUACAUUGCUGCACGAUCCCGAGAUAGUGAUAUUGCUGUGAUUGCAAAAAUUGAGAGCAUCGAUUCUCUCAAGAACCUGGAUGAGAUAAUCCGGGCUUGCGAUGGAGCCAUGGUGGCUCGAGGGGACCUUGGUGCACAAAUCCCAUUGGAACAGGUCCCUUCAGCUCAACAAAAGGUAGUUCAGCUCUGUAGGCAAUUGAACAAGCCUGUUAUAGUGGCCUCUCAGCUCUUAGAAUCCAUGAUCGAGUACCCAACUCCCACAAGGGCUGAAGUUGCAGAUGUCUCUGAGGCAGUGAGGCAACGAGCUGAUGCCCUAAUGUUGUCUGGUGAAUCAGCUAUGGGCCAAUUCCCAGACAAGGCUCUCACUGUGCUAAGGAGUGUGAGCCUUCGCAUAGAGAGGUGGUGGAGAGAGGAGAAGCGUCACGAGGCCAUGCGCUUGCCACCAAUUGCAUCCUCUUUCUCUGACCGCAUCUCUGAGGAGAUUUGCAAUUCUGCUGCUAAGAUGGCUAACAAUUUGGAAGUGGAUGCUGUAUUUGUGUUCACGAAGGAUGGGUACAUGGCUUCUCUAUUGUCGAGGUGUCGACCUGACUGCCCAAUCUUUGCAUUCACGACCACGACAAGUGUGAGGCGACGCCUGAACUUGCAAUGGGGGUUAAUACCGUUCAGGCUCAGCCUUACAGAUGACAUGGACAGCAACCUCAACCGCACCUUCUCUCUUCUUAAAGCCAGGGGUAUGAUACAAUCAGGGGACCUGGUCAUUGCCCUCUCAGAUAUGCUACAAUCUAUCCAAGUCAUGAAUGUCCCUUAAGACACUUCGAAGGUUGCCACCAUCAAGCCCCCCCUCGCCCCCCUCUCUUUCUCUGUCAUACAUGCAAGGCAUGAAAAGGUGACCUCUCUCUCUCUCUCUCAAUUUAUGUUGUACUUUUAGGGGGACGUGGGUGAGUUCAAAUUUUGUUCUAUUUAACGGAUAUUUUACUUAUUUUAAUUGUUGGUUUUGUUUGGGUUGAAAGUGGGAUAUUGACUUCAGGGUUCCAAGGAUAUAUUGAUUCUUACUCUAUGUUGGUUUCCAUUAUGCAACAAAUGUGGUUAACUGGUUGUUAGUUA